AUGCCAGUAGAGGAUUAGUAGAUUAGAAUUGCUGCUUUUGUGUUGCCCUUGUAUCUUUUCUGCCUGGGAUCAGCAGAGGCUGGGAAGAUUUUAGUAGUUCCUUCAGAUGGCAGCCACUGGAUGGGUAUGAAGCCUUUGGUGGAGGAGCUUGGCCGUAGAGGAAACCAGGUGGUGGUCGUCAUCCCAGAAGCAAGUCUGAGUAUGGGUCCGUCUCAGCACACCACAACUCUGACUUAUCCUGUGCCCUACACCAAAGCUCAAAUACAGGAGAUUGUGAAAGCCGGUGUUACAACUCUGAUCAGUACUCAUGUAUCUACAGAUCUGGCCAGGUUUCAGAGUUUCAUCAACAGAAUGGAUCUGCUCAGUAAUAUUGUCAUCCGUAGUGUUGAGGGUUUACUCUCCAACAAGAACUUGAUGAAGAAACUACAAGACUAUAACUUUGAUGUCAUUCUCACAGAUCCAUUUGAGCUUGUUGGAGUUUUUGCUGCAGAAUAUCUCUCAGUUCCUGCCAUUUACAUACAAACAAGUCAUCCUUGUGGUGCUGACGUUCUUGCCAGUCAAUGCCCAGCUCCACCGUCUUAUGUUCCAAAAGGUCUGACUCACUUUUCUGACCGCAUGAAUCUCUGGCAAAGAAGUGUAAACUUUGUUAGAACUUUUUUUCAGCCCGUGGCCUGCAGACGCAUGUUUGCUCGAGCAGAUAAAAUCGCUUCACGUGUUCUUCAGAGAAAAACAUCUAUAAUGGAGAUCAUGAGCCGUGCAGCUCUCUGGUUUGUGCAUUCUGACUUUGCUUUAAAAUUUCCUCAUCCAUUAAUGCCCAACAUGAUAAUAAUUGGAGGAAUGGACAACAGGAAAGCAAAACCAUUGUCACAAGUAAGUCAUCAAAUAUUAAAGCUAUUUGCUGUUAAAAUAAAAAUCACACCAAAAAGGCCCUUUUCAUGUAUAAUCACACUUAUAAAUGAAUCUGCAAAGAAAGCUCAGUUUCCUGUUCUUAGCUGACAGGAGUGGCACCCGGUGUGGUCUUCUGCUGCUGUAGCUUAUCCGCCUGGGCUACAGCAGCAGAUGUUCGACAUGUUGCAUUUGUGCUCACAGAACUGCCUCCCACUGGAUUUUUUUUUUUCGAACCAUUUUCUGUAAACCCUAGAGAUGGUUGUGUGUAAAAAUCCCAGUAGAUCAGCAGUUUCUGAAAUACUCAGAGCAGCCCAUCUGGCACCACCAACCAUGUCACAUUCAAAGUCACUUAAAUCACCUUUCUUCCCCAUUGAUGCUCGGUUUGAACUGCAGCCAAUCAUCUUGACCAUGUCUACAUGCCUAAAUGCAACGAGUUGCAACUAUGUGAUUGGCUGAUAAGAAAUUUGCAUUAACGAACAGUUUGAAAA